UGACGUUGUCCGUGUUAAUGUGUUUAGUUCUAUUUUUAAAGAAUCUACGUUACCCCACAGGAGGCCACAGGAAGCAGAGGACUUCCAGCUCCUUCCUGCUGGACUUUCCCAUGCGAACCAACUACAUGUACGGCAGGAUGAAGAAGAAGUUGCUGAAGGAGAUCUUCGCUCUGACCAUCUGUCUUAGGAUGAAGGCGGGGGCAGAGUCUGGUCUGGGUACGCCCUUCUCCUACGCUGUCCCAGGUCAAUCCAAUGAGCUGGUGCUGAUGGAGUGGAGCAGCGACCCGCUACAGCUGCUGGUCAACAAUGAGGCAGCAACACUUCCUGUCACAUUGACAGACCAAAGGUGGCAUCACAUGUGUGUGACGUGGUCGACUGGUGACGGUGCAUGGGAAGUUUUUCAGGAUGGAGAAAAGAAAGGUUCAGGACAAAACCUGUCAGCCUGGCACACCAUCAGACCAGGGGGAAUCUUCAUCCUUGGUCAGGAGCAGGACAUCAUGGGUGGACACUUCGAUGUGACUCAGUCCUUCUCUGGUGAAAUGGCUGAUCUUCAGUUUUGGUCCACAGUCCUUACUCCAGACCAGAUCCGGAGCCAGGCCUCCUGUGCUGGACACCUCUUGGGUGAUGUCUUGUCCUGGUCCCAAGAGUCAGUAGAGCUGCUCGGUGGACUGAGACAGUUCCCAUUUGAACCUUGCCACUGAGAGGCGACACUAAGUUCAUGCUGUGUGAGGAUCAAUGGAGUCAAGUUUGGAGAAUGUGAUCUUGACCAGGAUUUUUGUCCAAUGAACGCUGACCUCCUCCUCCUGCUCUUAUGUUUAUUGUUCUCCAUCCUCACAUGUUGCUAACCCCCCCCCCUCUAAAAAAGACCAACCAUCUGACUUUAUCUUGGCCAAAUGAAGUAUACUACAGGCUGGUCUAGAAUUGGCCUUCACCUGGUCUGGUCUGGCCUGGUCUGGUUUGACUUGGUCAUAUCUGUAUGUAUAUUUCAAACCAGACAUUUCAUAGAUAUUUCAAACAAGCUAAGACCAAUCACAUGACAGAGAAAUACACACACACAGACACACACACAUACACACUACUGUAUUCAGAUUCUACGUUAACUCUACUAAAGUUCAGGUUUCUGGUUUAAUGUUUAUAAAUUAGUAAUAAAUACUUCAAAAGUAUGGUUUGUCGUGUGUAAUAUUGACACCAUGACUGAAAACCUGAUACAGCAGCUCCUGAGGACGGUCUGAACCAGUGGACUGAACCAGACUUCAAACUGAAGUGACUGUUUCCUGGUGUCCGUCACCAGGACAGAGUAGCCCAAACCGGCCGGACAAGCACCCAGCUGCAAGGAACAGAUGAGGGACACCACAGCCCCCCCGACCCACGGAGAUCGCCAAGGAACAACGGAGACCGACAAGCACCCACUCACAGCGAUCACCCACCGGCACUGACAUAAAUUAAAACCCUUUAAGAAAAUAGAUCCGCCUCUCGCUGUGAUUAUGGGUCAGGACAGAGGUUCA